CUUUCACUUAAUUUUUAAAACUUGAAGGUUUUUAAACGUGAAGGAAUUUAUUUAAUUGGAAAACUUGUUUGUGCUUUUACAACAACUCCGGAUGAGUACAAAUGUUCAAUCCAUCAUUUCAUGUAAACGAAGCAUAAGAAAAUUGGGAAAUUCCUCCAAACAAGGGGAUUAGGGGCGAUUAUAAUAUAGAUUACGACAGUGCGGAUGGGUCUAUCCAAUUUGUAGGGGCCAAGCUUUCUCCUUCAAUUUCUACACUAAUUUUCUAUCUUUAUAGAUAGAACUGUCGAAGGGGGGAUGCUGGAAAAAGGGUUCGUACGAGGAGGGAUAUUAUAGCAAACACAGAGAAUGAUUUGGUCUUCACCAUUAGUUUCAGAAUUUUGGAGAGAAAGGAUUGAUCGAAGAGGAGGAAACGAAUGGUCGCUGUCUUCGUAUGCUUAUGGAUAUACCCUGGCUGUCAUGCUCAUCAUACUGACUUGUCAUUUGCUAAACUCUCGCCUUCAAUUUGCUUUCGGAUUUAGAGAACGAUCUGCUGCGCCUGCGCAUCCACAUCCCAAACUCAAUAGCCAUCCUGAUGUCUCUCCCUCUACUCCUGAUGUCCGGAUCACUACAGUGAUAUCUGAUCUAGAUCUGAAGAAUUUGAUUGACGACAUAAAUAAGAACUUUCAAGCUAAUGAGAAAUGGGAAGAUGCCAUUAACCGGAGAACAGAUCGUCUUUCCUACUGUGCACAGUGUUGUAAACAGAAGGAUGCGCCUCUUAAAUAUCUAAGUGUCACUAUAUUUGAGAAUUGCUCUGUUGAGAUGGUCAGAGAUUUUUACAUGGACAAUGAUUUCCGGAAAAUUUGGGACAAAACCUUGAUUGAACAUAAGCAGUUGCAGGUGGAUACAAGCAGUGGAACUGAAAUUGGCCUCAUGAUAAAAAAGUUUCCACUAUUGACUCCAAGAGAGUACAUAUUAGCUUGGAGAAUGUGGGAAGGCAAUGAUGGAUCCUUCUACUGUUUUACCAAGGAAUGUGAAUAUCCUUUGGCACAAAGAAGGAAGAAGUAUGUCAGGGUUGGGCUCUUUAGGUCUGGUUGGAGAAUCAGGAAAGUUUCUGGUAGGAAUGCCUGUGAGAUCCAAAUGGUACACCAAGAAGAUGCUGGUCUGAAUGUUGAAAUGGCAAAACUAGCCUUUACAAAGGGCAUAUGGAGCUAUGUUUGUAAAAUGGAUGAUGCACUUCGCCGAUACUCUGCCCUUGACCAUUCUCAGUUGACUUUAGGUGUGAGUGCCGUCACGUUAAUUCAAAAGGUUCCACUUGGGUUGGAUACCUUAGACCACACUAGGAGCUUAAUCAAUUCAGAAACCUGCACAGAUAGUGACAACAGCUGUGGAGUGUCACGUCAAUGCAAUGUGAAGGAACAAAGAAAAAAGCCAUCAAACAAGGUGGUGCCGAAUAUACUAAUGCUCUUGGGUGGUGCAAUCUUCAUGUCAAGAGGGCUCUCUAACUUGGGAUCAAAGGUUGCCAUUGCGUGUAUCCUGAGUAAGCUUGUGAAGCGCAAUGCUUUGAGAAGCAAAAGCCAACAUAGUUUUAGCGAGAUGGAGGUUCAGACACCCAAAGAAUGUAAGAUGAUAAGUGGAGAUGUGUUCCAGUGCGGCUGCUCAAGUGUCACCUCUUGAUUAGGAAUACAACAUGCAUAUUUAUAUGUGGUUUCAAGAAAUUUAUGUUAUACUUAGUUUUUUUUUUUAAUUUCCCAGUUACCUUUGUCUAGUAAUUCAGAAUCUCCCGCUUUUGCGAUUGAGGCAUGAAUUAGGUGGACACGCCCCCGCCCCCUCCUCUCAUUUCAUUGUUGCUGGAAGCUUUCAAACCUGUUGUCGUUAAAUCCAUAGUUUUGUCAAAUUUUUCUGUGGAUGUUGUAAGUUCCUAUGAAAAGAGGGGUUAUAUUUUGGGAUUAA